AACCAAUAGAGUAAGGCAAUUUGGGUGCUCCCUAUUCGACUGACCUUCCUCCAACCCCACGUCCCAAACAACACAAAAAUGUAUAUAUAUAUACAACACCAAUCGCAUAUAGAUUAGAUUAAAACUCUAGCAACAACUUUACUCAUAACUUCCAAUUCUAUAACCAGCACAAGCUACAUAUCUACAUACAUAUAUAUAAAUGAAUAUAUUUCCCGAAUCCCACAAACUAGAUCGGACACUCUCAUCAGGAAAUGCUCCUGCCGAAUCUUCUACCGCGUCCGAAUACAGCAGCACCAGCAUAGGUGCUGCUUCGGACGGGGAAUUAAUUCUAGCAACAAGAAACCCCAAAAAACGAGCAGGAAGGAGGAAGUUUAAGGAAACCCGACACCCGGUUUACCGGGGCGUACGAAGUAGGGACAAAGGGAAGUGGGUUUGUGAAGUGAGAGAUCCAGUCACACAAUCAAGAGUGUGGCUAGGAACGCAUCCCACUGCCGUAAUGGCAGCCAGGGCACACGAUGUUGCGGCUUUAGCCAUGAGAGGCCGAAGCGCGUGCUUGAAUUUUGCUGACUCAGUCUGGCGUUUGCCAGUACCUGAGUCAAGCGAUAUAAAGGAUAUACAAAAAGCCGCGGCUGCAGCAGCCGAGGCUUUUAGAUCCGAGGAAGAAGAAGAAGUCCAAACUAGAGAGAUGCCGGAAAAUGUGCAUUACGAUGAAGAGGAACUGCCGGGUUUUCUUGCCAGCAUGGCAGAGGGACUUAUGGUAUCGCCCCCUAAACCAGAGGGGCAAAUUAACCCUGAUGAUGACGUGGAUGAUUGUGUCGACAUGCCCUUAUGGAAUUUUUUAGAUUAGUAUCUUUUUAAUUCAUUUAUUUUCAUUUUUAUUACUAAUAUUUUAUGAAGUGUAUUUUGUCCUCUUCUGUUUCCUCUAUCCCACAUGAGACAGGCCAAUUAUUUAAAAUGGUACGUUCAAGAUUUUUUUUUAUUAUUAUUAUUAUUUUUUUUUUUUGAAUUAAGGAUCGUAGACUCAACUUUUGAUUCAAUUUAAUCUUAUUAUUAGUAUGUAACUGAAUUUGAAAAUGGAAUUUGAUUUUAUUAUAUAUAAGAAUUGAAUUUGAA